UUUUUGUAAGCUCCUUUGAAAAAUGGCGACGUCCAAGGGAGCAAAUACGUACAAUCGUCAAAAUUGGGAAGAUGCUGAAUUUCCAAUCUUAUGUCAAACAUGUCUUGGGGACAAUCCAUAUAUUCGAAUGACCAAAGAAAAGUAUGGCAAGGAAUGUAAGAUCUGUGCCCGACCUUUCACCGUGUUUCGAUGGUGUCCUGGUGCUCGUAUGCGUUUCAAGAAGACAGAAGUCUGUCAGACCUGUAGCAAAAUAAAGAAUGUCUGCCAGACAUGUCUCCUGGACUUGGAAUAUGGUCUUCCCGUCCAGGUUAGAGAUGCAGCUCUUAAAGCUUAUGACAACAUGCCCAAGUCGGACGUCAACAAGGAAUACUACACACAGAAUAUGGAACGAGAAAUUGCCAACAGUGAUGGCACCAGCCCAGUGGGGGCACUUGCAGGGAAGGCCCAGGCGGCAAGCGACAUGCUGCUGAAGCUGGCCAGGACCACGCCAUACUACAAGAGGAAUAGGCCACACAUCUGCUCAUUCUGGGUCAAGGGGGAGUGCAAGAGAGGAGAGGAGUGUCCAUACCGUCAUGAGAAACCCACUGAUCCCGAUGAUCCUCUGGCUGAUCAGAACAUUAAGGACCGGUUCUACGGCAUGAACGACCCUGUGGCAGACAAGCUGAUGAACAGAUACUCCAACAUGCCAAAACUGGAACCUCCGGAGGACAAGACUAUCACAACCUUGUAUGUGGGUAACCUUGGCGACAAGGUGACGGAGCAGGAUCUCAGAGAUCACUUCUACCAGUUCGGUGAGAUUAGGUCUGUGAAUGUUGUCUCAAAACAGCAGUGUGCAUUUGUCCAGUUUACGGAAAGGCCAUCAUCAGAGACUGCAGCUGAGAGGUCAUUUAAUAAGCUCAUCAUCAAUGGCCGUCGGCUGAACAUUAAGUGGGGUCGGUCACAGGGCCAGCAACAGCUGACCGGCAAGAAGGAGGAAGAUGGUCAGAUGCUGGAGCCAGUGCCUGGUCUUCCAGGAGCACUACCACCCCAACCCGAGGAACUGGGCAACAACUUCUUCAACCUCCAGGGCCCUCCCCCAGCUUUGCCGCCCCUUCCACCCAGGGGGAUGAUGCCCCGUGGGCCCCCACCUAUGCCUCCGUUUGGCAUCAUGCCAAGAGGGCCACCACCUAUGGGUAUGCGCAUGCCUCCCCCUCCUCCGGGCAUCAUGCCCAUCAGGCCUCCCCCUGGGGUACACAUGAGGCAUAUGGUGCACUAUCCAUCACAAGACCCCACACGGAUGGGGGCAGUGUCGUCAGGGAAACAGCCACAGCAGCAGCAGCAGCCCCCACCACAGCAACAACAACAACAGACUUAGCAGUCUAUUUCAUGGGGCUGGAAUCAUUAAUAUGUGAAUAUUGUAAUGCAUUUGUAAGAGCAAACAUCACACGGUUGUCUUUUUUCAUAUCUAUUCUUGUUUGUUAGAUGUCAUUGUGAACUUAAAAUUACCCCCCCAAUUUUUCUGUACUUAAAGUAUAAACAAUGCAAUGAGGUUUUUUUAAUUAACUUUCUUAAUUCGGAAACAUUGUCAAAUUAUUGAUAUUCAAAAGAUGGGAGAUGGGACUGAGGAUGAAAAUAAAUGUAGGCUGAAAAGAACAACGCUGAAUAUAUUAACAUACUUUACAAAAUGGUGCAAGCAACCUGCCUCUCUGUUUUCCUUAAUUUGAUAAAUGUGCUUCCUGGGGGACAAAGUUUGUUUUGAAUCCAUGUGUGUUUGUAGAUGAGACCACAACACAGAGUUGUAGUCAAAUAUAUUUUAUUUUAUCUGGACUUCGGCUGCAACUCAACAACACUACAAGAAACAGGACAGUUGAAGAAUGGUUGGGAAACAAUACACACGGCAGCAACAAAGUAGUUUUGUCAUAGUUGUUUUUCUUUAUAAGUGGACGUUUCAAUCAUGAGUUCCCAAAUUGACAGUGGUGAUGGUAUAGAGUUAUUCCCCUUCUUGUGGGGUGCCAUUUUGUUGAGUGCAGGUACAAUCAGUGACAUUCAAGUGGGAUCUCUUGCUCCUCUGCUAUACUUGUGUGUGUGAAGAUCUGAAUUUGUGGGGCUAAGUAGCUGUGGCUGUUCGAGGUGACAGUGUAUAAAAUAUCUACAAAAAUAUAAUGGUGCUGCCAUGAGAAUUGACGUCUUAAUUUUGACUUUAAGAUACGUGUAUAAGGACUUCAGCUGCUAGUCAUAAUGCAAGGUACACUUGUAUCAAGAAUUUGGAAACCUUUCUUACCGACUGAUUAGAAAGUUUACAUGGUGUGAACUCCCACGGAAAUCCUGUCAGAUCUUCACACACACAGGUAUCAUAUGGGAAUGAAAGAUCAGAUUUUAAUAUGAAUACGGUUCUGUUCCUCCUAGUCAAACUAUUCCAUGUAUUGACAAUGAUAAGUCAUUGAGCACUUGGAAUGGCAUGUGUUUUCUCUAUUGAAAAGUGAUGUAGUCGGUUGAGUUCAUGUUCUCGUGUCCUGGUAGUGAUAUUGCAGGAAUAUUGCUAAAAGCGGUGUAUAACUAAACUCACUCACUCACCCAUGUACUCAUGUCUUCUGUGUUCAAUCCACACUGUUGGUUCAUUCCUGUACCUAGUUGUGAGUUUUGAACCUUCAUACACAUUACAAGUGUUUUAUCACCAUGUUUCAAUGAUAUAGUAUAGGCUUCAUCGGUUUCCACCAUCAAUGUUAAUACAGGUUGGAUGUUGCAAGACUCGGUCCCAAUCCACAAAACGUUCGUAGCGCUACGACAUUCGACAUUCGUAAGCCCAUGAUAAACUAUAGAGAUACGACAGGUCAUAAUGUUACGAACACUUUGUGGAUCGGGCCCCAGGUGCAUGUUUCACAAGAAAUCUCGUAGUCUAACCACUGGCUUCUCCUCACUGGAACCAGACUUGGGUGAAGAAUCGUCCCAACACUACAAGGUAGCUGUAUGUAUUUAUAAGUGAUUGCAAAAUUGUAUUGUUUCCAAACCUGUGCUAUUGAGUACUUAGACUGGUUUGUUUUUGUAACAAAAUGUUUCCCAGUAUAUUCAGACUGCUGUGCCAUCAUAUAUAUAAGGGGGGAUGUUGAACAUGGCAACCGAAACUUGUGUCUCAUUAUGUUUCGACCAUUUUAUUCAUGCACAUUGUUUUUAAACAUCGUACACUUUGUAUCAGAGGAGAUACAAAAACCUGGAAUCAUUUCUUGUAAAUACUGAAAAAUAAAACUGGAAAACGUC